AGUGUGCUUUUGUGCUUCAGUACGUAUCGCGAAAUGUUUUCAUCGACUAUAGUCUAUUGAUUGUCAGUAACGAUUUUUUUAGUGAGCACGUCAGCGCCAGCCUUUUCGUCUAUAGGUUAUGGAAAACUAUUUCUAUGCUUCUAGCUGCAUGAAUAUAUAGCAUGUUAUUAAAAGGACAUCGUGUGGCUUUAUAACUGAUUUCCAACUGCUCAUUCUAUUUUACUUUAAGAGGUUAUGGGCCCAGAUGUCAAAAAUAUUGCCAAGAAAGUUCAUUCCAGUCUGAAAAUAAAAAGCCUGAAAAGUAAGUUCCUAACCUCAAAACAAAAAAACGUCAGUGUAGACUACGCAAAAUAUGGAUACCAGAUUUAAUCUUGACAAGUUAGUUGAAUUUUCGGAGGGCAAUGGAAAGACAAAUUAUGUGUCCUGGAGAUUUAAUUUAAAUUUUUUGCUGAGAAUGAAAGGUUUGUUAGAUGUGAUUACUGGUGCAUCGCCUAAACCGUUUGAAGGUGAUGCAGGUAAUGCUGAUUAGGUCAAGAAGGCUAUAGAAGCACAGACCAUUGUCGAAUUAAGCGUGGAUGAGAAAAUUGCAUUGAAAAUUACCACCUGCACGUCUGCAGCUUCAAUGAUUAAGAUGCUUGAAGCACUUUAUGGUAAGCAAAGUCAAAAGCAACAGAAAUGUCGCAGCAACAAUUUUUCAGUUAUAGAUACGAUGAUACAAAAUCAGCUGUGGAUAACUGUCUCCAAAUUUAUGGACUGGCGGUUGGAUAAUGUCACGCAUUUUAAAUUGCCUACCAGCAAAGUUUGAUCAUUUUCAUGCUGCGUGGGAAUCAGUAACUGAAGUAGAUAAUACUUUCGCAAAUUUGCGAGAUCGUCUUCAACAAGAAGAAAUUAGGCUUCAAAGCCGUGAAUCGUCUGUCAUCGAGAAUGCACUAAUCGGAAAAGGUAAUUUCAGCAAGUCUGGUAAAGGUCAGCAUAAAAAAGGUCAACAAUCGUCUGGAAAGAAGUUAGGUCAGUCGUCACAGCCAGGUCAGUCAGGUCAGUCUGUAAUUAAAUGUUACAAGUGUGACCAAGUUAGACAUCGAAAAUAUGAUUGUGAUAACAAACCUUGUGCUAAAUAUAUUGAAUAUUGUAAAAAGAAUUAUAAAUGUAAUAUUUGCCAAGAAAUCAGACAUUUCACGAAAGAAUGUCCUAAAAGAUCAAAUGAUGAUAAGAGCAAAUAUAAGUCAUUUAUUUCAGUUGCUCUAUCAUCAGCAGCUCUUGAAUAUUUAUCUGAUAGUAAUGAGUCAUCGGUUAAAGAUAGUGUUGCCACUCAUCACAUGACUGGAAAUUUAAAAUGGAUGACUAAUCUUCGUAGCCUGGACACCGCUAUACUCGUGAAAAUUGGUGACUCAAGAAAAUUACCAGCGGUCGCGAUUGGUGAUGUUCAUUUGCAUGCUUAUGAUAGCAAGCAAUGGUAUACGAUCGUCCUGAAAAAUGUCUUGUUUGUACCAAACUUGGAGUUUAAUCUUUUUUCCGUCACAUCAGUUCUUGACAGGGUUAUUCGCAACAGGCUACAGCGAAAUUGUAUCUCAUUAUGGAAAAUAAUAAACCUGUUCUAAUGGGGGAAAGGUUUGGAGGUCUAUUUCUUAUGAAGUUUCGUCCAGUGGAACAGUACGGUCUGCCAGCAGUUAGUUCUUUAAAACUUUGGCAUGAGAGAAUGGCACACCAAAACAUCCGCUAUGUGAAAGAUAUUCUUAAAAGGAAUAACAUCAAAUAUAUUGAUGAUUGGGAAAACUACGUCUACGAAGGCUUCGUCGCAUGAUCAAGGAAUUGAAUAUAGAAAGCCUGACUGAACCGACAGACUUGUUUAUUGACAACAAAGCAGCGAUACACAUGCUCAACAAUGCAUAAGAAGGAAAGGUGACGAAAGGAAAGAAGCAUAUUGAAAUACGUCGCAAAUUUAUAAGUCAACAUGUUGACAAGACAGUGAAUCUUGUGUAUACCAACACGAAGGAACAAAUUGCCGAAAUUUUCACAAAAGCAUUGAGUAAAGGACCAUUUGUUAAACUCCGAGCAAAAAAAAACUUUUCCUCAGUCUGCUUUUGCGCUUCAGUACGUGUCGCGAAAUGUUUUCGUCGACUAUAGUUUAUUAAUUAUCAGUAACGAUU